ACCGAUUCCAGAUCUGAUCAUGAAUCGGUCAGGCUGCUUCCUCAGUGUCCUCAGCCUACUGGCAUGUCUCAUCUCCGUUGUGCAAGCGUGUCCCCCGAGCUGCCACUGUCACGGCGGGGACCUGCAGCAUGUCAUCUGCGACAAUGCUGGGUUGAAGAAGAUCCCCAAGGUGCCUGAGCAAACACGGCUUCUCAACCUGCAGAAGAACAACUUCCCUGUUCUGCCAACCAAUGGCUUCCGGGACAUGAAAAAGCUGGUGUCCCUUCAUCUUCAGAGCUCACGGAUCAAGGAGAUCUCAACCGGAGCCUUCAGAGGGCUCAAGAACCUGGUCUACCUCUACCUCACUGACAACCAGAUCAGUGUCAUAAAGCCAGGAGCCUUUGAUGACCUCUCUGAGCUCACCUACCUGUACCUGGACCAGAAUAAGAUCCCAGACUUAUCCAAAGGGAUCCUUUCCCCUCUUGUCAAUCUCUUUAUCCUGCACCUAGGCAGCAAUAAAAUCCGGGAGCUGAAAGCAGGGGUCUUCAGUGGUGCUAAAGACCUGCGCUGGCUCUUCCUCUCCGACAACUCCCUCACCAACCUCCUGCCCGGGGCCCUGGAGGAUGUAGAAAACCUCGCUGUCCUCCACCUGGACAAGAACCAGCUGAGCAGCUACCCCGUGAGUGCAAUGAGUAAGCUGAGAGUGCUGGAGGAACUGAAGCUUUCCCACAACCCAAUUGAGGUGAUUCCAGACAACGCUUUCCAGUCCUUUGGGCGUUACAUGCAGACUCUCCACCUGGACAACAUGAAACUGAAAAAGUUUGCAGACAAUGCGUUCGCCGGCGUCACCGUUCUGAAGACCGCACACCUGGAGAACAACCGGCUGACCCAGCUGCCCCGCAACUUCCCCUUUGACAAGAUGGAGACCCUGACGCUCUCGAGGAAUGCCUGGCACUGCAACUGCCAGCUGGCACAUCUGCGCAAGUGGCUGAAAGGCAAUCGCACCCGCACAGAGGACACGUGCUCCACGCCCGCGCAGUACCGGGGGCAGUCCAUCAGAGACACCCCUGCCCUCCGCACCUGCAAGCUGCCCACCAAGAGGUCCAGGAAGGGAAGCCGCCAUUAAGCACCAGGACCCAGUAUGGCCUGUCCUGGUGACCGGUCACUCCAAUCAUCAGAAAACUACUGACUUCGAGUCCUUCCUUAAGCUUCUCCUAUCUGUCAGGAAACAUAGCUGAUAUAUCUGAACACCUCCAGCCUCCUCCGAACCCCGCUUCUCUCUGACUGCAGGAUGGAAUCCACCUUCUCAAUCUUUUCCGACAUCUAUAUAUUUUAAAAGAGGCAUUUAAAAAAAAAUAAAUGAUGCAUGACCAUACUAAGACGAGCUAACCUAGAUCCUGCCGGUAAAGCACAGUCAUCUUUCCCAGAGGCAACGGAACCCACAUCCCAGAUCAACCAGCUUGUCUCUGUCUCUCCCCUUCCAAUAGAGUGGAAGCAAGUAGGAAGGCAGAAGCGUUCUUCCCCAGCUGCUUGAUCAAGAAAAUUGGUCUCAACCCGUGCAGUCCUCUGCCUUCCCCCGGAGGGGAUCCCUGCAGGCCAGGGCCGAGGAUGGCAGGUGAAGCAAUGCCCAGGAACUGGUGGCCCCAAGACAGAGCUGCCCUUAGCUCCAAAAGGCAGCGAUUUCCCUAAGCCAGACAGAAAUCUUUAAGUGAAGCGAUACUGGGAAAGCCUGGAACUGAAGCAAGCUGAAGACUGGAUUCCCUCCCACUCUGUGGGGUCUACCAAGAUGUAUGCACGUCCAAGAGGAAGAGGUGUGCACCACGCUGCCUUGCUGGAGCACCCCUCCUCGCCCUGCCCAUACUCAGAGGAUCCAGCAGGACACCAGGAUGACUGUGGUUUAUUGUCAUGGCUGUUACAAUACCACAGUUGCAACUUAACUGUGUUUUUUAAUCCUAAAGAGUUAUAUAAAUGUAUGUAUAUUUAUUCCUCUGUAACUGAGUGUAAAUGACCUUCAAGAGGAUGAAAACUCCUCUUUCUCCUAUAUAGAAAUCAAAUUGUAUAUUUUCUUAUGUACAUCUUCUGUAUAAAGCUCUCGCUGCAAAGAUGAA